ACUAGAGGCGGGCGGCUUCCACGAAUGACAGCGCUUCACCUUGAAUUUGCACAUAUAUUCAGUUUAUAUUGUCAGAAUUUCUGAUACUCUUGUUAUUUUUCAUUCUUUUAAUAUCUUUAGGGGCAGCUUAAAGACAUAAAAAGAGAUGGGAAAUGAAAUGACUUUACCCUCUGACAUGGUUUCCCAUUUUGAACCAGAUGAAAUACGACGGCUUGGAAAAAGAUUCAAAAAAUUAGAUUUAGAUCAUUCUGGCUCACUAUCCGUGGAAGAGUUUAUGUCUUUACCAGAAUUACAACAAAAUCCAUUAGUCCAAAGAGUAAUAGAGAUCUUUGACACAGAUGGUAAUGGAGAAGUUGAUUUUAAAGAGUUUAUUGAAGGCGUAUCUCAAUUUAGUGUAAAAGGUAACAAGGAAUCAAAACUUAAAUUUGCAUUUCAAAUUUAUGACAUUGACCGUGAUGGGUUCAUCACAAACUCUGAGCUAUUUCAAGUGUUAAAAAUGAUGGUUGGCAACAAUUUAAAGGAUGUGCAACUACAGCAAAUUGUAGAUAAAACUAUCUUGUAUGCUGAUAAAGACCAAGAUGGAAAAAUUUCAUUUACUGAAUUUUCACAGAUGGUUAGCAAUUUGGAUAUACAUAAAAAAAUGGUCGUGGAUAUUUAAUAAUUCCCGGUGUAAAAUGGUAGCUGGUGUAAACUUCAUAUUACCAUGCAACAACAAUUAUGGAGACAUAUUUGCAACUUUCAUGUUUAAAAACACAAUGUUAGAAAAAUGAAGACUUAUGUAUUAACUGCAAGACUUAGUGAAAAAUACAGGUUCCAGCUACUUUUAGCAAAUACUUGUUCUUAGAAUAUUUACAACUUAAAGUGCAAGGUUGCUUAUUGCAAAAUUAUUCAAUGUAAAGAAGGAAAGUUUAAAGCAUAUCAAAAUGUCAAAUAGCCACUAUUUAUAUUUUAAUUUAAUUUUUGCUUUCUCAAGUUGAAUGAAAAGAAAUAUAAUUUUUAGGUUUUCCUUCUACGUAUGAAAAUUUUCAUAGCGUCAUUUCACAUUGAAAUGAACUGUAAUUGCAAUUUAGGUAUCAUAUUUAUUGUAACAUUGAUGCAUCUUUACUAAAAAUUGUUUAUUAAAGAAUUAAUGAUUUUAA